AUGUUCUCUUCUCGAGUUAUCAAUGUUAUCGUCCUCCUAACUCUUCUUGUUGUCUUGUCCGAUGCCCGUCCAGUACGACGACGGACCUGCCGGGCUCCAAGCUCAGCAGCCCAGUUGUCAGCUACACCAUCACCUUCUGCCACCGUUUCUCCAUCCCAAGUUGUAUCAGAAUCUUCUGCAAGCCAGGCUGCUUCAACUUCACCCAUUGUUAUCCCCUCAAGUUCCAGCGUCCCUUUGUCCUCCAAGGCUCCUACGUCUACAUCAAGUGUACCUGCUACUUCACCAACAGGUGUCCUUGGUGGAAUGCUCAACAGGUUGUUCCCCGUCUCCGGUUUCAGCAAGUCAUGGACAACGUCACCCCUAUCGGGCCAGGCUUUGGCCCUGUCGGAUGCCGCAUUUCGUCCCACCAACGUUCUGACAUCGGUCCCGCAUACGUAUGUAAAUGCCCCCGAUGGUAAAAGGGCAAUGAAAGCACACUAUCCUAAGGGUUCAUACACAUUCGGUUUCAAUCCUCAGGGGGGAUUUUCUUUCUACGCCCCUGGACAUGAAUCCGUCGAUCUGACCACUGCCAAAGAGGCCACCUUUGGAUACUCUGUGUACUUCCCCGCUGGUUUCAACUUCCAACUUGGUGGCAAAUUGCCCGGCUUGUAUGGGGGAAACAGCGCCGAAGAAUCUAUCAAUUGCUCUGGAGGAAGCCGAUCUUCCGCUUGCUUCUCUGCCCGGCUCAUGUGGCGUUCUGAAGGUCGCGGCGAAUUUUACACAUACUUGCCACCAUACACCGAACCUCAGUUUGCUGCAAACAAGGCAGUCUGCAACGUUGCCCCUCAGUCCGACUGCAACCCAGUUUACGGUGCUUCUGUUGGCCGUGGCUCGUUUGAAUUUGCCACUGGUGCAUGGACAACUAUCAGCGAGCGUGUCAGACUCAAUGAUGUUGGGCAAGCCAAUGGGGAACUCCAGCUUUUCGUCAACGGCAAGAGUGUCAUUAACGUUGGGGGUCUUAUCUUGCGAGACAGCGCCGCUGGCCGAAUUAGGGGAAUGCAAAUGCAGACAUUCUUCGGCGGUUCUAAGAUUGAGUUUGCGUCACCGAAGGACCAAGAUGUCUUCUUCUCCGAUUUCUCUGUAGCGAUCACCAAGGCUCUAUAA